CACCUGUGUGUUUGGGUCCUUCGUGCGGCGCGCUAACAGCAGGCUAACGAGGCUAACAUCGCGCACCGGAGCACCGCAAAAAAACAACAACAAAACAAAAACCCGCAACAUUUACAUCAAACCCGCAGGAUCUUGGGAGAGUUUUGGCCCCGCGCCGCCGUCACCAUGAACCUGGAGCUGCUCGAGUCGUUCGGGCAGAAUUAUCCAGAGGAAGCGGAUGGCACUCUGGACUGCAUCAGCAUGGCGCUCACCUGCACGUUUAACCGCUGGGGCACCCUGCUGGCCGUGGGCUGUAACGACGGGCGCAUCGUCAUCUGGGAUUUCCUCACCCGCGGCAUCGCCAAGAUCAUCAGCGCCCACAUCCACCCGGUCUGCUCCCUGUGCUGGAGCAGAGACGGGCACAAGCUGGUGAGCGCCUCCACCGACAACAUCGUGUCUCAGUGGGACGUCCUGACCGGAGACUGUGACCAGAGGUUCCGCUUCCCCUCGCCCAUCCUCAAGCUGCAGUGCCACCCCCGAGACAUGGACAAAGUUCUGGUGUGUCCCAUGAAGUCGGCGCCGGUGCUGCUCACGCUCUCCGACUCCAAACACGUGGUCCUGCCCGUCGACGACGACUCCGACCUCAACGUGGUGGCGGCGUUCGAUCGCCGGGGGGAGUACAUCUACACCGGGAACGCCAAAGGGAAGAUUCUGGUGUUGAAGACAAACACUCAGGAGCUGGUGGCCUCGUUCAGAGUCACUACAGGAACCAGCAACACCACAGCCAUAAAAUCCAUCGAGUUCGCACGCAAAGGAAGUUGUUUCCUGAUAAACACGGCUGACAGAAUCAUCCGAGUGUACGACGGCAGAGAGAUCCUGACCUGCGGCAGAGAUGGAGAACCAGAGCCCAUGCAGAAACUACAGGACCUGGUGAACAGGACUCCGUGGAAACGCUGCUGCUUCUCUGGAGACGGCGAGUACAUCGUGGCGGGUUCGGCCCGGCAGCACGCGCUCUACAUCUGGGAGAAGAGCAUCGGGAACCUGGUGAAGAUCCUCCACGGGACCAGAGGAGAACUGCUGCUGGACGUGGCUUGGCAUCCGGUGCGUCCGAUCAUCGCCUCCAUCUCCAGCGGAGUCGUGUCCAUCUGGGCCCAGAACCAAGUGGAGAACUGGAGCGCGUUUGCUCCAGAUUUUAAAGAACUGGACGAGAACGUGGAAUAUGAAGAAAGAGAGUCUGAGUUUGACAUCGAAGAUGAAGACAAGAGCGAACCAGAGCAGACGGGAGGGGACGCCGCUGAGGACGAGGAGGUGGACGUGACGUCGGUCGACCCCAUCGUGGCGUUCUGCAGCAGCGACGAGGAGCUGGAGGACUCGCGGGCGCUCCUGUACCUGCCCAUCGCCCCGGAGGUGGAAGACCCCGAGGAGAACCCGUACGGUCCCCCGCCGGACGCCCAGACCGCCGCCGCCCCCGACGACGCCCCCUCCGGAGACAAGAAACAGAAGCAGAGCGGCGCCGACCCACCGGCCAAAAAGAAGGCCCGCACUACCACCAUCGAGCUGCAGGGGGUGCCCAGCGACGAAGUGCACCCCCUGCUGGGCGUGAAGGGCGACAGUAAAUCGAAGAAGAAGACGGCGGGGCGUCCCAAAGGCUCCAAAGGUAAAGACAGAGAGUUUGUGCGCUCCAAGGCGUUCAGAGACAGAGCCGCGUUCCCUCUGGAGACUGUGGGGGGCGCUGCGGGGGCCCACGUCAGCGCGGGGCUCAAGGGCAGGGCAGAGGGCCUGGCUCCAGGGGGUCUGUCUCAGUCCUACAAGCAGCACGACCUCGGAGGCCUGGACUAGACCCUGGACCCUGGACCGAACCGGGUCUGGACUUAAGAUGGUCUGGAUUAAACCGGGUCUGGAUCUGUUUUGGACUGAUGAUGGACUCUUUCAGACUGGACUGAAGUGAUGCAGAAGAGGAAGAAGAAGAAGAAGAGGAAGAAGAAGAAGAGGAAGAGGAGUGUAAAAUACUGUUGUGUCUCGUGUUGUGUUUUUAUAUUAAACUUUACUGUUUCU